GGAAGUGACGAAACGGCGUUUUUUUUCCUCCCCGUCUCAUUCGGCGGCCGGUGGAUGUUUCUAGACCAGGAGUUGGCGGUGAGGGGUAAGGCCGGGCUGCAGUUGACUGGAGCGGGCACACGGAGCCGGGAGGUUGCUUUACAGUGGGCUUGAGCCUAAGAAAAAUACACUGGAAAGUUGAUUGAGCAUCUGGUUCAGAGGGUUUUCAUCCAGAAGAACUAAAUCGCUAAAAAUGGUGGACUACUACCAGGUAUUGGGAGUACAUAAAAAUGCUUCUCAGGAAGAAAUUAAAAAAUCAUAUCGCAAGCUGGCACUGAAGUGGCACCCUGAUAAAAAUCCUGAUAACAAGGAAGAGGCAGAGUCUAAAUUUAAACAACUUGCAGAAGCUUAUGAAGUUCUUUCUAAUGCUUCAAAACGCAAUAUCUAUGACCGAUAUGGGAAAGAAGGCUUGACUAAUGCUGGUGGAGGUGGUCAGUUUGGAGAAGGCUUCGACUUUGGCUUCACGUUCCGUAAUCCUGAAGAUGUUUUCAGGGAGUUCUUUGGAGGCAGGGAUCCUUUUGCUGACUUCUUCAUGGAUGAUCCCUUUGAUGACUUCUUUGGAAAUCGACGAGGUAGACGAGGGGUUGAAAGAAGCAGGGGUGGCGGAGGAUCUUUCUUUUCUUCUUUUGGGGGAUUUCCUGCAUUUGAUUCUGGUUUUACUUCAUUCAAUUCAUUUGGUAAUCUUGGAACAGCAUCAUUCUCAUCCUCUUCGUUUGGAGGUGGUGGAAUGGGUAACUUCCGAUCUGUAUCAACAUCUACCAAGUUUGUUAAUGGCAGGAAAAUCACCACUAAGAGGAUUGUAGAAAAUGGCCAAGAAAGAGUGGAAGUAGAGGAAGAUGGUCAAUUAAAAUCUUUAACAAUAAAUGGUGUUGAAGAUGAACAUGCCUUAGCAACAGAGCUUAGGCAGCGAGGACAGCAGGCCCUACCUGGACACGCGGCUUACAUCCGUUCUUCACGGCAGCAUUCCACAUCCUACCCGAGAUAUGAUUACCAGUAUAAUGUUGAUGAGGAAGAGGAAGUCGGAUCGCCAGCAAUGGUCUACAGUGUUCCUGAGGAGGGAACCAUUCCCAAUCUAGCAGGUCAAAAAGAAGGAGGAAAGCGGAGGAAACAACGGCACAGGGAAGAACUGAAGAAGAAAAAGACAGCAAAAAUGAAGCAUUAAUUGUAAGAUGCAAUGGGUGAUCUUUGAACUCCAGCAGUAUACAGUUAUUUUUCAUGUUAAUUGAUAUAGCUUUAUAGAAUGUGAAUUAAACAUGACACAGCAUGUGAGUGUUUUCUAUUUUGGCGAAUUAUUUUUAAUUGCUUCACAAAGUAACAGAUUGAUGAGAAAGGAUAGAUUAUGUCAUGUAGUACUUGAUGCUGGUGAAGCUAGAUCAUGGAAUCACUUCUCUAAUAACCAAAAGUCUGUUAUGUCUUAGUCGAGGCAAAUCUGUUUUGUGGUAACUUGACUUAGUAACAUUUCCAUGUGCAUUUAGUACAAGCAUCAGCAAUUUGCAUUUAUAUGGCACCCAAACCUUAGGAAUGCCUCCCCAAAGUUUCACAAUGGUGCAAGGCAAAAUAACUGUGAAAUGAAAAAGAACAGAUUAAGGUGGGCAAGCUGGAUGAAAAUCUUGCACCUGGACUCUGUCACUAAUUCAAAAUUUAUAUAUUCUUUUGUGAGACCCCACCUCCCACCACCUCCCCUAAACCCCUCACAGUCUCCCAUUUCUGCCUGUCACCCCAGGCUCCAUCCAUUUUAGGACAAGGUAACGAAGCAGUGGCAGAGGGCGACAAGGAUGGAAUUCCACAAAAUAAGACCGUGGUAGCUGAAGGCAUAGAUGCCAUAUAUGGCUGAAGGGGAGGAGUAUUUGGAGUAGGCCCAUCAGAAGAUGGAAAUUUAAGCCCUGAAUUUUGUUCCCAGGCCUGUUGCACCAAGGUCGGUUACAUCCUGGGUCCAUGCACCCAGUCUUUAAAGUGAGUUACGCACACUCCCCAUGUUCAGUCCAGGACUGGGUUAGAUGUUGUGCCAGGCAACCUGUGAAGAGCUGUGGUGGACUGCAGGUACUUGAUGCACAAAUGGAACUUUCCAGCGUGCAACUGUAACCAUUCUGAACAGCGCAUGAAACCAAUGCAAAGGAAACAAUGUGCCCAGCUCCAGUUUAAUCCAGAGGGAGGCAGCAUCAGAAAGAGCUUAUGCCUAAAACAUCAAUUCUCCUGCUCCUGGGAUGCUGCCUGACUUGCUGUGCUUUUCCAGCAUCACACUCUCAACUCUGAUCUCCAGUAUCUGCACUCCUCACUUCCAGUUUGAUCUCCUUUAUCUAAAAUUACAAUUCUUACUGUACAUCAUCUAUAAGAAGAUACCAAAGCAUUUUUAAAACCUUAAAAGAAGACUGUUACAAGUUGUAUCUGAUGUUCCUGAUAAGAAGCUAAGCCCUGGAAUGACCUGGUCUUCUUCCUCAAAAGACAUCAACCACAUCCUGAGUCAAAGCAAUAUCUCCAGUGGCUGAACAAUUAAGCAUUCAGCAUAACCAUAACCUGAUAAAGAUGGCAUACAAGGUGGUGGGCAAGUUGUUGGAGGGAAUCCUGAGGGACAGGAUAUACAUGUAUUUGGAAAGGCAAGGUCUGAUUAGG